AUGUUAAUCAGCUACUAUUUUAAUUUACAAAUAACUAGAUCGUCGUUUAUAGUUUUUAUUUAUAUGUAAGCUUUUCGGUUUUGUCGCUUCGUUAUUUCAUGACAAAUAUGUUGCAACCAGUGAUGCACAUUCUGAAACAGAAAAACAUUAUUUUAGCGAGUGGAUCCCCGAGAAGAAAGGAGCUUAUCGAGAAUAUUGGUCUAAAAGUAAGCUUAUGCCCGUCUUCAUUUGAAGAAAACCUCAAUCCAAAAUGUUUCAAAGAAUUUUCGGAGUUUGUGGAGGAGACAGCAUACCAGAAAGUGCUAGAAGUUGAGAAGAGGCUCACUGGGAAAGGGCAGGUGCCAGAUAUCACGAUUGGCGCUGAUACCAUGGUCACACUGGGGCAUGAGUUGUAUGGGAAACCUACUUCAGAGGCUGAGGCCUUUGAAAUGCUAUCAAACCUAUCUGGCAGAGGCCACACAGUGUACACAGGAGUGGUGGUGAAGGCGGCCGAGAAGGUGAUCAAGUUUACAGAGAAGACUAAUGUCAUAUUUGGCAAGCUUGAUGAUGAACAGAUCAGAGGCUAUAUUGCUACUGGGGAACCGAUGGACAAAGCUGGUGGGUAUGGCAUACAAGGAGUUGGGGGCACAUUUGUUGAACGUAUAGAAGGUGAUUAUUUUACUGUUGUUGGUUUACCUUUAUACAGGCUGUGUUCAGUUCUAUAUGACAUGUAUAAGGAUCAAAAGUAAUUGCAUCUUUGCAUUGUUGAGUGUUUUUAGUACAAUUAUCAUGAUAUGACUCAAUUCCAUU